UACCUCCAUGGUAUUACACGGGUAUUGUACUCGCCACUAGUGGCGCAGUUUGGCCCAUGAUGGUAAGCUAGUGAAAUUUGUUGGAGGAGUGGAGAAACGCGAGUGAACUCAGGCGGUGUGCUAAAGGAGGUGGAGUCAGGGGUUGAGAGGGAGGAAAAAAAGACGAGAAGGAAGAGGAAAAGAGAGAAAGCAGACACAACAGAAACUGAGGGAGACGGAGCUGCGUCAGUCAUAUUUAUUUACGAUCAUAUAGGCCUAAUAUUGCCAGAAGUGCCACGGCCAAGGAGGGGAAGACACCAAAAUGAUAGCGCCUUAUUUCCUGGAAAAUUUCUGGGGUGAAAAAUACAAUGGCUUCGACGUCCUGUACCACAACAUGAAACAUGGCCAGAUUUCCAGCAAGGAGCUCACCGACUUUAUCAGAGAACGGUCUACCAUUGAAGAUACCUAUGGAAAAGCCAUGACCAAACUGGCCAAGUCUGCCAGCAACUUCUCUCAGCUAGGGACAUUUGCCCCUGUGUGGGAUGUGUUUAAGAGCUCGACGGAGAAGCUGGCUGUGUGUCACCUAGAGCUGGUCAGGAAGCUGCAGGAGCUCAUGAAGGAAGUGCAGAAAUAUGUAGACGACCAGGCCAAAGCCCACAAAAAGUCUAAGGAAGAAGUGGCGUCGACGUUGGAUGCCGUGCAGAACAUCCAGAGUAUCUCCCAGGCCCUGCAGAAGGCCAAAGAGAACUACAACAGCAAAGUGCUGGACCAGGAGCGUCUACGGAAGGAGGGGGCCACCGCACGGGACGUGGAGAAGGCUGGAGUGAAGGCCAAGAAGGCCACUGAGGCCUACAAGUCUUUCGUGGAGAAAUACGCCGCUGCCAAGACUGAGUUUGAACAGAAGAUGGCGGAGACUGCACAGAAAUUUCAGGGUAUUGAAGAGAGCCAUAUCAUACACAUGAAGGAGAUCAUCCAGUCUUACUCCCGUUCUGUUGAAGAGACACACGUACAGAUUGGAGAGGUCCAGAAAGAGUUUGUAAACAACAUUGAGAACACUUCAGUGGAGAGCCUCAUCCACAAACUGGCCGAGAGCAAAGGAACCGGCACCGAGAGACCAGGUCCCAUUGAAUUUGAGGAGUGUAACGUAGCUGUUGCUACUGAAGGAAUCAAACCAAGGAAAAGAAAGGGCUUUGGAAUACCAGGACGACGGAAAGACAAGGACACCGACUCCACAGAGUCCACAGAAGGUGAAACAAACACUGCCAAUGGUGCUCCCCCAGGAUACUAUGGAGCCAUCGAUGUUCAGAACGCUAAUGUGCCACAAGUGGAUGAGGAGGGCUUCUGUAUCCGCCCGGAACAGAAUGAAAACGAUGCCAAAGAGAACUCCUUCUACUCAUCCAGCGACUCAGAAGAUGAGGACGAGCCUAGAAAGUUCCACGUGGAGAUCAAACCAGUGCAGCCAAAUAAUUCCAACGACCAGCAUCGCGCCACUCUCGACGAGCUCAAAGCCUCCAUCGGCAACAUCACACUCUCACCGUCCACAUCGGUUCAGAUGAGGAGGAACCAGUCCAGUGAUGAACUCGGGAGGUCCAGGACGAAUUUCAACGAGACCAAGCUGUCUAACAAUGACCUGCUGUCUCUGGACCCCUUUGGCCCCUCCCCAGCAACAGGCCCCUCCUCCUCAGUGCCAUCCUCCACAGUGCCUCCUCCUAACAGACCCACCACGCCUUUAAAUGCAGGGGCUCUGGCGCCACCCCCUCGCCCUUCAUCACGGCCCAAACUAACAGCGGGAAAACUGGCCGGCAUCACAGAGAUGAGUCGGCCGUUUAGCCCUCCCAAGGUGACCAACUCCAGUCCCCCCCCCACGGCACCCCUGGCCCGAGCUGAGAGCUCUUCCUCCCUGUCCUCCAACGCCUCACUCAGUGCAUCCAACACACCCACCGUGGAGGAGGACGUGUUCAUAGGGAAGCUGCCCACCUUUGAGAAGCGCUGUGAGACCCCAGCAGGGACAUCUCGCGGUCCAAGUCCAGUGACACUUGCAUCCCUGGAUGCUUUGCCAAUAGCAGUGGCCUUCACAGAGUCUGUUAAUGCCUACUUCAAAGGAGCCGACCCCAGCAAGUGCAUUGUGAAGAUCACAGGUGACGUGACGCUGUCCUUCCCCACCGGCAUCAUUAAGGUGUUCACCAGCUCCCCCUCCCCCGCGGUGCUCAGCUUCCGCCUCAGGAACACCAGCCGUCUGGAGCAGAUCCUCCCCAACCAGCAACUACUGCACAGUGAUGCAUCUCAGAGUGACCCCAACACUAAAGACUUCUGGCUGAACAUGCAGGCCCUGACUGCCUUCCUGCGCAAAACAGCAGAGCAGAACCCCUCAGCCUCCUACUACAACGUGGACAUCCUCAAGUACCAGGUGAGCUCUAACGGGAUCCAGUCGACCCCGCUGAACCUGGCGGUGUACUGGAAGUGCAGCCCCACCACCACGGACCUGCGCGUGGACUACCGCUACAACCCCGAGGCCAUGGCUAACCCGGGCAUCCUCAGUAACGUGCAGCUGCUCGUGCCCGUUGACGGAGGCGUCGGCAACAUGCAGGCUCUGCCCGCGGCCAUCUGGAACGCAGAACAGAAUAAAUCACUAUGGAAACUGGGUGACAUCUCAGAGAAGUCAGAAGAUGAAGGGUCAGGCUCUCUACGGGCAAAGUUUGAGUUGUCGGACGGGCCGUCCAAUCCGGCCACAUUCGCGGUGCAGUUCUACAGUGAAGGCAGCACGCUGUCUGGGACCGACAUGGAGCUUCUGGGACCCGGAUACAGACUGUCUCUCAACAAGAAGCGAUUUGCCACAGGGCGCUACAUGGCUGACUGCUGAGCUGAUGGAGCAGGUGCACCAUGAAUCAGACAACCUCUCGAAGAGUUGUUGUUUUUCUUUCUACUUUUUCAGUUAAUUUUCAUCGUCCUGUCACCCUCAAAGCCCUCUCUUACACUUCUUCCCCCCUUCCUCCCCACCCCACCCCAUCCACCCACCCCCCUCCCUCUCCGAUACGCACCUUUACUGGGGCAGAGAGAAGGUCCUACUGCAGUUUAGAGGCACUGAGCACUGAGAAGGCUGUCAGCGGAAGAAAACAGAGAAAGAAAAUAAAGCAUUAAAAAGAUAGAAUGUCAGGAAUUUUAAUAAUUGAAAAACAAAAGAGAAAAAAAUCUUUAAUACUUUCUGUGAUCUACUUGGGCUUUUAUAAAGUCAGAAAUGGUAGGGCUGAUAUGUAUAGUUAACCAUUAAAUGUCAUAUGAAUUAUAUGUAAAUGUACUACAUAUCAUUUAAAAAAAAAAAAAAGCAAACAAAAAAAAUACUGCACUAACAAUCGUUCCGGCCAUUUUGACAGAAAAUGUUUGUUUCUGUUUGUGUCUAUGAAAGCUGUGUUAACCACAGGGCCUGGUGAGGUUACUUUAAAAUCAGGACAGGAUUGAAAUCACAAUUCCUAAACACACCUUUGCGCGGAAGAGAGCCGAAGUGCGUCGUCAUGGAAACUAAAGAAGACUUGCUGCGUUCAGCUGCUCCCAUCAGAAUCUAAUGAACUACAGAACUUGUUUUUUUUUGUUUUCUUUUGUUUGUUUGUUUUUCUUCUUUUUCACGUUUCCAAUAUCUUUCUCCUGUGUUGUCCUCGUCGUUAUCAUCAUCAUCAUCAUCAUCAUCAUCAUCAUCAUCAAUCAUCAUCAUCAUGCACGUAGAAGCUUUGGACAGUGAAGUGGAUUUCUCCUCUAAAGGGCUCGUCCCUGAUAGCAGCAGACACAGGGUCUGGCCCAGGUCUGGCUCAGCUUUGGCCCAGCACUGGAGUUGCUAUCUGGGCUGUUUCAGACAAGACCAAGCUAAAAUAACCCACAUCACUGACCCCAGUGCCUCUUUUCUACAACUAAAACACUUUUGAUAAGAAUCCCUUUGUACUCUACGAACACCUUUUAUACAUUCUAAUGCUAAGCACAGCAAAGAAAAAAGCACAUUGUUUUUCAACUUUUUCCUUCCUUUCUGCUUUCCCCUGUCUGUCUGUCUUUCUUUGUUUCUUUUAUGUUCCAGUUCCUGUUUGUAUUUUCUUGGAUGUUGAAGGGAAAACAUUGACUCUUCUCUUUGUUCUUCAGAAAGCUAAACAGUACAUAACACAAGCAGUUGUGUUUGAGUGUGUGUGUGUGUAUGAGUGUGUGUGUGGGGGGGUCUCCUUCAUGACUUUUUGUACAGAUUUAUCAAGAACUUUUUGACAAGGGAGAGCCCCGUCUCCUGUGCUGAAGACGUUUGUAAGGUGCUAAGGCCACUUAUGUUGGCCUCUGGUCGUUUCACCAUUAUCUCAGUUCCAAGUGCCAAGACACAGAGGCCCAUUCUGUGCUCACCUGUACUUACCUGUCUACACCUGCUACACCAACCCCUUCUUUAACUCACAGACUCGCUUCUGAGAAGGAAAGAGAGAGAGAGAGAGGAGAGAAAGAGGAUAACAAGGGAAACUCCAACUGAAAGAAGGAAGUUUGAAUGUUUUUAUCCAAAAUGGAUGGAUUGGAUGGCAACACUCUUUCCCUGUGCUGGAACAGCCGAACACCCCCUCAGCCUUUUAGCAGAGAAGAACACCUGACGCACACCAGUGUGUGAAAUGCAGCAAGUCUUAAACUUCGCAUAACGUGCAGGCAAAGAAGAAAGUUGAAAGAGAUUUGAAGCUAUUUUUCUUGAGCAAAAAAAAAACCCUCAAAAACUGGUUUGGACUUCUUUAAGAUCCUCUGGAGCUCCUAAGUCAGGAAAGAUCCAGAACUGAAUCUGAGCACAUGUUCUCCAGCACUGAGGUGUGCUCUGCUUUGGUAAUGUAGCAUUAAUCAGAGUUUGUUUUGACACUAAGAAAGGAGAGCAAAGGGUUUCCCCUCCUCUGUAUCUUACAUGGUGGCUCUCCUCCUCUGUAUCUUACAUGGUGGCGAGACCAGCAGGAGGGAAACUAGAAGCCUUAGGCCCACAUGGAGUCCAUGAGCCCAGACUCUGAAACGGAUUUGACCCAGUUCAGGGCGCCCCUUCUGAGUGAGCUAUUUGGAAAAAAAAGACCAGCCUUUGUGGAGUGGACUAUUUCACAAGACCAGGCAGAAAUACCACCACUGAUCAGUGCCUUUUUUGUACAACUAAAGAAGCUUCUUUGGGUAACAAACCUGUUUUGAACUCGUCAGCUGAAGUCUGGGAGGAGCAUAUUGGCUGGUCAUCAUUGCAGCCCCAUCUGCGCAGUGUGGGAUGACAACACUUUACCUCAUUGGACCUCUCCCAGACUUUUUUUUCUUAAAACAUUACUAAGUUGAGUCCUUUCCUUUUUGUUUUUAGGACAACUUAGGGAACAGGGUCACUGCACAGGACCUGCUAGAGCGCAUUUCGUACGAUCCGAGAAUUCCUGGCUGAUGCCUGUGCCAGGCAGCGCCUGACCCUGCUGUGGAUCUGACCUCUGACCUCUGUCAGACAGAGUGCCCGGCCCAUUCCACAGCCUGUUUAUAGUCCGCCUGUGGUCCCUCUGUACUUUGUCAUUGGUGUUGGUGGGUUGGUAUACUAGGGGUUCUUGGAAGCAGUCAGGUCUGCCCUAAGCACUGUGGGUGAUCACUGGGUUGUUCUGAGGUCAGCCAGGGUGGAGUGCCGAUGAAGGUGACCUUCACUGCUCCAGCUGAUCAGGGAUCAGUGUUCAGCCCUCAGCCUGGGCUGCUCUCUUGCCUUGUGAGGACCUCCUUCCUAAGAGCUUCUAAAACCCUCUUGUGCCACGAUUGAAAUUGGGAGUAGCUUUGUGUAUUAUGUGGAUAGCGCACACACACACACACACACAUACACUUAAUCACUCAUAGACAUAUGUAAACUCACAUACACACACACAGGCAUUCACAGGAAGGUCAGCCUCUUUGAGGUCUUCUAGCUUUUUUGCCAUUUCUGAAUUUGAGGGGUGACAUGGCGUAGAGUGGGGUGAGGUGGGAAUGGCGUCAAGUGGGGUGAGGUGGGCAUGGCGUCGAGUGGGGUGAGGUGGGCAUGGAUUAGAGCGGGGUGGACAUUGCGUUGAAUGGGGUGAGAUGGGCAUGGAGUAGAGUGCGGUGGGCAUGGUGUAGAGUGCGGUGGGCAUGGCGUAGAGUGUGUUGGGCAUUGCGUUGAGGGGGGUGAGGUGGGCAUGGAGUAGAGCGGGAUGGGCAUUGCGUUGAAUGGGGUGAGAUGGGCAUGGAGUAGAGUGCGGUGGGCAUGGCGUAGAGUGGGCUGAGGUGUAGCCUACAUUGAGUGGAUAAUCCAACAAGCCUCCAUUGAAAUCUUGUCUCUUAUUAGUUAAAUGUUCCCCGAGAGUCCUUCUGCUUGGCUCAUUUUGUAAUGAAAAUGAAAAAGAAGCGGAUGAAACACAAAAUGGAUUCACACCUUUGUUGUGAAAGUCACGGUGCAUCAGCAUCACAGCCUGUGUUUAGUGGUCGUAUUCGUCACAUUUUAAUGGUAGCUUUUAAAGAUGUCCCUGGUGUGGUUUUAAAUGGAGUAGCGGCAGGACUGGCUGAGACCAGGAUUUUGUGGAGAGAGGGUCUGUGUAGUCUGUUCACAGGUUUAUGUGUGUCUGUGUAUGAGAGAGGGUCUGUGUAGUCUGUUCACAGGUGUUUGUGUGUGUGUCUGUAUGUCGUUUGAGCAUCUUAGCUCAGGCAGGGAUUACCUGGGAAAUGAAAAUGACAUAUGUGUGUGUGUGUGACAGAGAAAGACUGUGAGCUGAGACAGGGAUCACCUGGGAUGUGUGUGUUCUCUGAGGGUGGGAUGUAGCAGCUGAUCUCGGAUCAGGGCCUGAUGUGGUCCAGUUUCAGCUGCUCACAGGGACGUCCUCACUCACCUGUGUGCCACAAACAAACAGCCCCCACACACAUCAGAGUAAGUGUGUGUCUUUUCAGCCUCCACACACAACAGAAUAUGUGUGUGUGUGUGUGUGUGUGUGUGUGUGUGUUUAGCAAGCUGGUUCUUGCUGCCUCUCACAUCUCUGGUGAAAACUCAAAGGCAUUUUCUUUUCGAUGUAUCUUUUCUGGUAAAUCACUCACUCUGUCCCUGUGUUUCUGUGUCCUUCUGUCUCACACUCUUUUACUCCAGUUUUUUUUUUUUGUUUGUUUCUUAAAGAGCGUUACGCGAAAAAAAGACAACCUGUAUAAAUGAUUUUUUUUUUUUUUUUCAUGAAAUGUACAUUUUUACAAAUAUAUCUGCCACUUUUGUCUUCACCUUGAUUUCAUUUUGUCUGUAAUAAAUGUGUAAUAUAUAAAUAUAUACAAAUAUGAAAUUACAUCA